GUAGUCUUUUUCUUCACUCAGCUGAACUGACUCUUUUCUAUAAUCAUCUGUGUCGUAUUCCAGAAAAGUAUAGAGGCAUGGCAUCUGUAACCACUCUCCCCACCUUCGACAACCUCACCAUCGACCCCUCAGGGCCACCAGGGAACGCAUGGGGUCUAUUUGGCAAGCACAACGAGCUGGGGAUGCUGAACCUGCUCACUCCCGAAACAGUGCGCAGAGCAGCAGCAGAGGAGAUCCGAGACGGCGUACGAUUCUCGCUUGAUCUCCCACUCGACCGAAUCAAGAACCCCAGUUUCGGGCGCAAGCAAUUUGCGCGAGAGUUGGUGAACAAGGCGCCACGAAUUGUGAAUGACGAUAUCCUUGUUUUCAAUACGCAGUGUAGUACGCAGUGGGAUGGAUUUAGGCAUUAUGGGAACCAUACACAUAAGUGCUACUUUAACGGGCAUUCACUGGAGGACUUGAAAAUCUCCCCUGUCAUCGGGAUUGACGCAUGGGUCAAGCACGGAGGGAUCGUCGGCAGAGGCCCCUUCACCGCAACCAAGAUCCCCCUCUCUGCAAUCAAGCAGAUCGUCGAAGAGAACAACAUCCGAUUCCGCUCCGGCGAUAUCCUCUUCCUCCGCACAGGCUUCACAGCCGCCUACGACAAGCUCUCCGCGGACGAAGAGCUGGCCAUUUCUCAGCGUGAAACGCCUCAAUUUGCAGGUCUCGAGGCCGGAGAGGCUACUCUCCGCUGGCUGUGGGAGAAUCAGUUCGCUGCCGUAGCGAGUGACUCGCCUAGCUUCGAGCCUUCGCCCAUAGCGGGCCCUCAAGGUCCCCCGGAGUUUCAGUUGCACCAGUGGUUGCUGGCUGGCUGGGGGAUGCCUAUUGGGGAGUAUUUUGAUCUCGAGGGAGUGGCGGAGUAUUGUGCAAAGAUGAAUCGGUGGAGUUUCUUCCUGUCGAGUGUGCCGUUGAAGGUUCCUGGGGGCGUAGCCAGUCCUCCUAAUGCGGUGGCUAUCUUUUAGUCAUUUCAAACAUAUACCUUCAGAUAGGGAGAUCUGAUAUACUGGAUUGGAUAGUUGAGAUAAUCAAAUGUUUCAUUUGUAUUCUCUUCGUCUGCACUAGGUAGCAUGGAAAUAAACAAAUAAUGGAGAUGCUAGUUCACAUAGGCGCCAAUAAAUGAG